AUGCAGCGCUCGCUGCGGCUUGACGACUUGGACGUGACGCGCGUGCGAGGCCUCGAUGCAACGAGCGAGCACCUGCAGACGCUCUCGGAGCUUUCGGACGUUCAGGAAAAGUACUAUCGGCUCGGUGCCGAGAUGCGUUUGCUCAAACAAACCCAUUUCCACACAAAUUCGGUCCGUGACGAACUGCACCGCGUGCGUCUCCUCUUGCAGGCGAGCCAGGCCUCCGAAGCGCAGCUCACAGAGCGUUUGGACGCUGCGAAGCAGGAGCUCGCGAGUGUCCACGCCAAAGCUCUGAAAACCGUGGUGGUCCAGUCGCCGCCGCCUCGUGACGCGUGGAGCGAGCGUGACAUGGAGAUGUUGGUGCUUGAGCUGAAGCGCGAACUUCAAGCGCGCGAUGCGGAGCUGUGUGCCAAAGACGAGACCGCGCGCCAUUACGAGACCUUGUACAUGGACUUGCAAGCGCACUGCGAGCACCUCGACACAAAUAUCGCUACGCUGCGGCGUCAAGUGCGCGAGGCUGAAGUGCAAGCGCCGUCAACCGCAGCAAUGGGCCAGCUCGUGCGCGACAACCAGCGGCUUGUAGCGCUCCUUGUCGAUACCAAAGAGUUUGCUCACUUCAAGUUUUACACGUCGCUCGAGAAUGCUUCGUUUGUCGCCCCCGACAGCUUUGGCCCCCCGGGGGUAGCCCCCAGCAGCGGUGCCCCCCAGAAAGACGACCUCCUUGCGUGGGGCCGGCUCGUUCACGAGCUCAGCGAGGUCUACCCGCCAUCCCCCGAGUCACCCCCGAUUCAGGUGGCCACUGAGGAAAAGCAGUGGGUCCCCACCAAAGUGCUCUCGAUUCUCUCGACCUUUCGCACCGAGUACGCACCGUCCGUGCCACCACACGCAUUUGCCCGCAUGGCCAAAGCGAUGAAUGGCGCGUGGCACAAAGCCUGCGCCGCCAAGCUCGGACAGCUCCGCGACGCAUGGACGCUAGAAACGUCGGCGCUGCGGCGGCGCGUCAAGCACGCGGUGCCGUACGAGGCGGUUGUCCACGCCCGCGAGAUUCACCGGCUCAAGGCCGAGCUCGCGCAGCUGUACCACGAGAAGCUGCGCGCGUCCAAGGGCGACAUCAGUCGCAUGAAGCCCGAGCGUCGGUGCCACUGCAGUUCACUUGCCUGA